AUGGAUCUUUUCAAUCGCAGGCACGAGGUAAUUCUUGUGGCUCCCACCAGUGCAACUGAUGAUAACAUUGGUGGGAAUACCUACCAUACCUCCUUGCCAUAUCAAUCGAUCGCUCACGAGCAGCGUCGACCACGAGAUCUCGUUCCCAGGAGACUAUGGGCCCGCAAGGCCGUCAUGUUCGUAGACGAAUUUAAGCAGGUGAUUAUCCUGGAUGAGCAGAUGAGGCAAUCCGAGUACGCCCCCUUCCGUCACCUCCUUCACGAGCUCGGCCGUGCUCUGACGGGAAGCAAUUUCUCCUUGAACAGUAAAGCGAUCACAUCCUUAGUCGCUCUCCACUGGAAGGCGCUACAACGCUGGUUAAACGGAACUCCCUUUGGCACCUGGUGA